AUGGCCAGGAAGGGCAAGUCGGCUAUCGCGCACACAAUAGCAGACCGGUCAGAUGAACGUGGAAUUCUUGGUUAUUUUUUCUGCAUUGAUCGCACGCGACAGACAGACCGCUACCGGAAGAUAUACAGCACCAUCGGGAGAGACUUGGCCCAUCGUAACCCUCUUGUGCGCCGCGCGUUGGCGCGUACGCUUGAUGAAGAUGACGAGCUCAGGCAUACCGGAGACCUCAGGCAUCGAUGGACGAAGCUGAUCAAGGAACCAAUUAGAAAAGCAUCAAAAGUGACUUGCGCACCUGUGUUGAUCGUCAUUGACGCACUAGACGAGAGUGGCACAAAAGAUACUCGUAGGCUGCCACUCCAGCUGGUCUCUGGCAAACAAACUGAUGCCUCAGUCCCUCUUCCGUCAAAUUUUCCCAUGCUUAUUACGUCUCGCCUACUUCCCGAUAUUUACAAUGCGCUUCGCGAUCAGCAGUGUGUCGAACAUGUCUCGUUGCAUGAUGUUGCAACGGAGUCUACUGAACGUGAUGUGGGACGGUUUAUCGCUGCAAAAUUAGAAGAUUGGCUCAUCUUUCGGGCACAAGACUACGCGACGCUGAUGCAGAAGUCAAGCGGUAUUUUCGAAUGGGCUGGUCUAUCCUGUGAGCAUAUUGCGAACAGCACAUCAAUUGAGUCGAACCCCAGGAGCCGCUUCGAUGCUUUGAUCUCAGGAAUAUCUGCUGCAGGAAACCUUUUGGAUGACAUGUACAGGAUUAUUCUGACAGCAGCCAUAUCGAGAAACCGGCGCAUGGAUUCUCUGCGUAUGUUUCGCGCCCUUAUGGGGCAAGUUCUUGCAUUACUGGAGCCGCUUUCGAGGGCGCCGUUGACCGCGAUACGACAACGCAUUUCUUCAAAAGAUGGCGCAGACGUGGAAUCAGUAAUUCGUCCACUGGGAGUGCUGCUCACCGGCACCACGGAUGACCAAACACCCAUUAAGCCGCUGCACGCAUCGUUUUACGACUUUCUGACAGACGAGAGCCGAAGCAAAGAAUCCUUCGUUGGAGAGCCAACAAUGCAUCACCAGAGUCUGGCCUUCGUCUCGCUUCGCGUGAUGAAAGCCGAGCUGCGUUUCAAUAUUUGCGGUCUGAAAAACUCCUACCUACCGAAUGCAGCUGUGACCGUCCUUGAGGAAUCCAUAAUACAGUACAUCUCCCCGGAGCUGCAAUACUCGUGCCGGUUCUGGAUGUCCCAUGUCAAAGCGGCGAAGUUCGCAUCUCCUCUUGCGGCAGAGAUUGAGUACUUCCUCACCAAUGUGACUGUACUCUUCUACCUUGAAGUGUUGAGUCUCACCCAGAGUCUAAGUGGUACAGCAUCGUUACUCUCUUCGGUUAUACCGUGGAUCAAGGACUAUCACAACUAUGCGCAGAUUAGGAAUGCUAUCACGGACACGGAGCAAUUAAUACGAAGGUUUGCAGCACCAAUUCUGCGAAGCACACCCCAUCUCUACUUCUCAGCUCUUCCAUCUGCCCCUACUUGA